AUGUUAUCCAGCGACACCAAUAACCCGCGGGAGGACUGUGUGUUUCUCUCCGUGAAGGGGUCUGUACGCCGCGCUGGCUGCGGAGGCCCCGGCGCUGUGGUCGCGCUCCUGCGUGAGUUCCGCGAGUUGGAGGAGGAGCAACACGCCCGUGGGGAGAAGGGCGUCACUCGUAAACUCUUCAUGGAAUUACUGCAGGACUUUGGUGUGCGGCUCAGUGAGAGUGAGACCGCCUACGUGUGUGCCGCCUUCGACGACGACCGGGAUGGCUACAUCACCUCCACUCGCUUUGUGCGGCACCUCACUGGAUUGAAUGAACGGCGGCACAAGGCGAUACUGCGUGCGUGGGAAGUGUUGCCAAAGAAUGAAAAGGGUGAAGUGCCGCGAACAGAACUGCAGGAUCGAUAUGCACGCACUGGGACUCGAGCGGAUUUGACAGCCACCUUCUCUACCGCACAAACAGAGAAACCUCUUCUUCAUCAUCCUAUGGGAAGUAGCUAUAAGAAUACUACUACUAAGAGUGAGAAGACUAGUGGUAAUGAUGGUGUGAGUCUGGAGGAGUUUAUUGCCUUCUACGCUGCUGUAAGUCCGGAAAUUGCGGUGGAUGAACAGUUUGAGUUGUAUAUGUUGCGUGAGUGGGAUGCGGAUGCGCCUGCACGACCAACGAUGAGUGAAACACAUCGCGAAUGGGGACCCAAUGGUGAUCCACUUGCCAUUACAAAACCACUUUUGGUGCAAGACGCACUUAACACUUCCCUAGCGACUUCAACAAAGCAAUACAAUUACUCUCAUAUGCAACGAGUUCAUCCAUAUGUAGAGCCACUGCCGCCGCUAGAACGAGAUUAUCUGAGUAUCACCAAGCGUGAUUUCCGUCCUUAUACAAAAGAGGAACAAUCUAUGGCAGACACACUUUGUCACCGCUAG